AUGAGGAGUAUGGGAGGAAUAAUUGGUUUAAGCCGAGGAAAUCGGCUGAGGUUUUGCCUUUGGGAGAACACGCCGAGUCCACGUAGAGAUCAGAAUCAGGAUUCCGACGAGAUUCUGGAUCGGAAUGGUGUUGAGAGAGAUGAUAAUUUGAAAGGGAAAUCGGAACCGGAUUCUGAAUCUGAUGGUUUGAGAUCGAGGAAGAGUAAGAGUAAGAGCUCGAGGAGAAGGAGAUGGUAUGAUGGUUAUGGUGAAUCCGAAGUGGGUGAGUCACCGGAGAAAGUCGAGAUACGGUGA